AUGUCACCCAGUGUCCCCAGCGCCGCCCCCGCUGUCGCCUGUGUCACCGCCGGUGUCACCUGCGGUGUCAGCGCGCGCCGGGGCGGGGGUGGCGCGUCCCCUCCCGGCCCCGGAGGUGUCCCCUUCUGUCCCCUCGUGUCCCCCCGGGAAUUUGGGGACACCUGGCCGGGCCGGUCACACCUGGCCGGGCUGGACACGCCCCGGGAAGGGCCGGGAGUGACCGGGACAGGAAUGGCUCCCCAUGGACCCGGAGCCUUCGGCCCCAUCCCCCUCCUCCUCCUCCUCCUCCUCCCGGACCCGGCGCGGGCUCAGGGACCCGGCACCGGCCAGGAGCUUCCCGAGGAGGACGAGUCCCGCAUCAUCGGGGGCCGGCCCUGCUCGGUGGCCCAGCGCCCGUUCCAGGUGGCCCUGACCAAGCGCGGCCAGAUCCUGUGCGGGGGGAGCCUGGUGGGGGCGCGCUGGGUGCUGACGGCGGCGCACUGCAGGCAGCCGCUCAGGGACCUGCAGGUGCUGAUCGGGACCAACACCCUGCGCGCAGGUACGGGCCAGGUGCGCCGCGUCUCGCGCCUGCAGGUGCACCCGGCCUACGACCCGCGGCGCAACGACAACGACUUCAUGCUGCUGCACCUGGACGCACCUGUGCGCUUCGGGCCGCGCGUCAAGAAGAUCCGCGUGGCCACCAGGUGUCCCCGGCCCGGCCAGAACUGCAGCGUGUCCGGCUGGGGCACCACCAAGUCACCUGGAGCCAAGCUCCCGCGGGACCUGCAGUGCGCGCAGGUGCAGACCAUCGGCCCCGAGCAGUGCGCCCGCGCCUACGGCAGCGCCGUCACCCGCAACAUGUUCUGCGCAGGUGUGCCGCAGGGCGGCGUCGACUCCUGCCAGGGUGACUCCGGGGGCCCGCUGGUGUGCGGGGGUUUCCUGCAGGGCGUGGUGUCCUGGGGAAUGGCCGUGUGCGGCCAGCGCGGCCACCCGGGCGUGUACAGCAACGUGUGCCGGGCCAGCGCCUGGAUCCGCCGGGUGACCCGAGAGUGACCACUGACCAACUGACCACAACAACCCACA